UCUCCUGCUCCUCGUGGAGGUUAUUUUUGGUCUGACAGUCGCAGCGGCUCUCACUGACAGCUGACCGCCAGGAAAAUCACAACCACAAACCUGUUAGAACAACAAUAACAACACAAGACUUCUGCAAGAUCACAUCCAGGGGAAAGCAGGAUACACACAAUUCUCUGUCAGCUUCUGUUUCUGAGUGAGCUCCAGCGAUAUGACCUCAAAUGAAGAGGGCAAAGAUCCUGAUAUUGAGCUCUUCGUCAAGGCUGGCAGUGAUGGAGAAAGUAUCGGGAACUGUCCGUUCUCUCAAAGGCUUUUUAUGAUCCUGUGGCUGAAGGGAGUCGUGUUCAACGUCACCACUGUUGAUCUGAAAAGGAAACCUGCUGAUCUUCAUAAUCUGGCUCCUGGAACUCCUCCACCGUUUCUUACAUUUAACGGAGAGGUGCGGACAGAUGUAAACAAGAUCGAAGAGUUUCUGGAGGAGAUGCUCGCACCUCCCAAGUAUCCAAAACUGGCAGCAAAGAACAAAGAGUCAAACACAGCGGGUAAUGACAUCUUCGCAAAGUUCUCCGCUUACAUCAAGAACACGAAGCCAGAAGCCAACGCAAGUCUGGAGAAGGGGCUGCUGAAGGUUUUGAAGAAACUGGACAGCUUCCUGAACUCCCCUCUGCCGGACGAGAUUGAUGCCGAAAGCACCGGGGAGGAGAAGAGCUCAAACCGCAAGUACUUGGACGGCAAUGAAUUAACGCUCGCCGACUGCAACCUCCUCCCGAAGCUACACGUUGUGAAGGUGGUGACUAAGAAAUACCGUAACUUUGAGAUCCCAUCUGAUCUGAGUGGAGUGUGGAGAUACCUGCAGAAUGCCUACAGCCGAGAUGAGUUCACCAACACUUGCGCCGCAGACCGAGAGAUUGAACUGGCCUAUCAAGACGUGGCCAAGCGGCUCGGAAAAUAAACACACACUCAUUAUAGACUGGAAUGGAACAACUUAAACCUGCGGAAGGGGUCAACCCAUACUGGCUCUGUCCUGAAACACACACACAAACAAACAAACACUAACCUGCUAGCUGUUUCCAUCAUGCUUGUGUGAGCUAUUGCCAUUAUGUUUACUAUAUAAGUGACAUAAACUCCUCUAUUAGUGUCGUUAUCUAUGACAGCCUAGAGAAAACACUGUGCCACUGUUUCUGCACUCCCUCAUGAAAUAAUACUAUAGUCAUUUAUAGUGGUUUUGAAUCAUACUACAGUAAAGUGUAUUAUAUUAUAGUGUUUCACAGCAGUUUUUUGAACGAAUGCUACUGCAAUCUUGCAUAGUGAACUGAUAAAGUUAUAAAUACUGUAGUAAACUGUGUUGUAUUGUACUAUAAUGUAGCAAACAGUACAGUAUUUGGGUAAUUUGGCUAUAUUGUAUUACAACAGCAACUAUAGAAUUACUACCCCUACUGAAAAAAACUGUUCAAACCAGCCUAAGCUGGUUGGCUGGUUAUAGCUGGUUGACCAGCCUGGUUUUAGACGGGUUUUGGCCACUUCCAGGCUGGUUUCCAGCCAUUUCCAGCCUGGUCUUAGCUAAAACCAGCUUGGCCAGCCUGGUUUAAGCUGGACAUAGCUGGUUUUGGCUGGGCUCCCAUGGCUAAGCUGGUCAAGCUGGUUUUAGCUUUUCAUCUCCCAGCCUGACCAGGUAAGACCAGGCUGGAAAUUGCUGGAAGUGGCCAAAACCCCUCUAAAAUCAGCCUGGUUGACCAGCUAAAACCAGCCAACCAGCCUAGGCUGUUUUUUUCAGUAGGGACAACAGAUUAAUUCAAGCACUUUACUAUAGUAUUGUUCCAAAACUCAAUAGUAAUUACUAUAUUAUUUUUUCAUGUGUGCUUAUUUUGGGUUUUGGAUGAUUUUCUUCAUUUAAAGUGCAAUGUUUGAUCUUUAAACCUUUACGUUUUUGUAAAUCAUAUAAAUUAUUUUUGCUAGCUUGUGAAACAGUAAUAUAAAGCUAUAUUUUACUUCAGAGUACAACAUUUAAUAUUGGUAUUUAUUAAAGUUAAUGUGUGUAAAUCUCUGAAUGAGAAUAAAAAAAUAGCAUUUCUUUGGAAUUAGUUUAAAAGCAAUUGUAUUCAAGCAUACAGCCCCACCUAGUGGAGAAAUUAGACUAAUGAAGUUAAGCUAUUUAAAUUCGCCUUAAACUGCAGUUGAUAUGCACAAACUGGCACAAAAUGUCGACAUUUAAGAAUACUUUUUGUUACUAUAAUCAAAUGAAAGCCAUCGAGUUAAAUAGGCACACGUUUAGCUCUCAGGUAUUAUAUCUAGCCCUGUCUGGAGUUUUCAUAUACUGUAUUUGAAGUGAACAAUAUCAGUUUUCUCUUAAUAAUAAAAAUAUAUUUUUCCACAAA